AUGGUGGCUACAUUUAAGCAACGGCUCCAGGUUCCCGGAGCAAAUCAGGUCCAUGCACGCCUUCCGGGACGCGCUACUCUGCAGGUUUAUUCCGGAGUCCGCAAGCAGGCAAUGGCGGAACUGAGAAAGCUUAAACAGGGAAAACUGUCAAUAGAGCGUCACAUUGAGAAAUACCAGUCCUUGGUGAACCGAAGUCCUAUGGUGGGUGCGGAGUUCCACUACAAUUGGUUUAUAGCGGGGCUGUCCCCCGGAGUGAGGCAAACAGUAAUUGGCGGGGCCACAGACAGGGAAAUGAGAGAUGAACAAGUGCAACUGGCUGACAUGAUGGAAUACCUCUGCAGGAUGGAAAGAAAAGACGCCACAUCCACAGCCUUAGCUGAAAAGGAAAAACGCGUGCCUGGGAAUGAACCCGAUUUGGAACCAAUGGAUAUAGGGGCUGUGAACACCAAACCAGCUAAAGACGGGGCUAUAGGCGGCUACCGGCAGGAUUUAAUGGCCCUACUUGAUACGGGAUGCGAAGUGGAUAUGAUACCGGAAGCCAUAGCAAGACGAUGCAGCCUACCCGUCUACUCAUUGGCGCAAUCUCGGAGGCUACGCGUUGCAGAUGGCAGGCAGGAUACUCGAAUCGGCAAAACUAUGUGCGCAAAAUGCUCCAUCAGUUCCAAAACAGGGCACAUUCCUAUGACUAGGGACUUCUACGUUCGACCUGUUCACCACGACAUAAUCCUAGGCAUGCCGUGGGUGACCCAGUGGAAGGCGCAAAUGCGUUCCUCUCACCACGACAUAAUCCUAGGCAUGCCGUGGGUGACCCAGUGGAAGGCGCAAAUGCGUUCCUCUGAUGCUGCCAUAGAGGUCACUCCGCCUGAAAGUGAUGAGAGAGCGCCCCUCUCAGCUCUCCCAACGGCAUUUGCAUCUUCUAUGGUCAGGUGUGUGGAGACUGUGUCCAAAGAAAAGGGGAGCGACGAGGCUCCCGCACAGUGCAGAGGCACUGAAGAGAAUAAUGGAGACAUGCACUCACUCCGUCGUGAUUGUCUGGUAAAUACCGCAGUUUUGUGGGAAUAG